AUGUCUUUGUGGAGUGGAAACAAGCAGUUGUUAUGCAAGGUGUUCCCAUCACCAUUUGGGGAAAUAACAUCAGAUUGGUUCCUCAAACUGCUAAAGGAAUAUAUCAAAAAUUGGGAAGGCCUGGCUGAGAUGUUUGUGGCCAAGUUUGUUAUGAACAAAUUGCAGCCAUUGAGAGUUGAUUACCGGUUGGCCUUGAAGAUUGACAAUGGCAAAAGCCUUAGGGCUUACGCCAAGAAAUACUAUGAGCAAUCCCUUGCAAAGACCCUCCCAAAGAGCAUGGAGGAUCUCAUGGCAAGGAUUGAGAAAUACGCAAGAGCGGAGGAAGACACGAAAGUAAAGAAGGAUCUUGGAAAGAAUCAGGAACCAACCCUACUUCAGGGCACCGCAAAAGACCCCGAGGGAGUACAUAGGCAGGAAUUCGAGAAGAAUUGUGCUUACCAUGACGAGAAUGGGCACAUGACUCAAGGGUGUCGGGCUUUGAAACAACACCUGGAGGAUCUGGUCGGGUGGGGACACCUAAGAGACUUGAUAGACGAGGCAAAGACAAGAAAAGAACAUGUGAACAGGCACAAGCACAUGGAUAGGCAUCGACAGCACCACCACCACUUCCAGUGUCAUAGGCAGAUGGACCACGAGUUAUUAAUGUAA